AUGAGAUCAAUUGUUUCCAGAACUCUUUAUAUAUGUUUGCAAGCUUUUAGUUGUUUUACUCUAGUCACUUGCUCUUCACACCUCAAAUUUGCGUUCCAGGCGGUGGAUUGCCCUGACACACAACUCAUCAGGGAAGCAAAAUCCACACUAUGUGCAGAUGAAGAUAAUUAUAUAGCUAGCCGCCAACUUCUGAUGAAGGGUCGUCUCAAAGAUUUUAUAGAGACUACCGGUUUAAGAGCUUCAGAUGUCACCAGCUUGUCUUUGUUGGCACAGGACCCAAUCAAUGUGGGACUUGCAAUAUCUGGCGGGGGUCUUCGUUCAAUGUUGACAGGCUCUGGAUUCAUGUUAAAGAUGGAGGAAUAUGGUUUACUGGAUUGUGUCAACUACGUGAGCGGAACAUCAGGAGGAAGCUGGAUUCUGGCAAAACUCGCGCUCAAUGACUUUAAAAUCGACUCCUUAGCUGAUUGGGAUAUUACGGAGAGCAUUUUGAGAGGUGUACCUGACACAAACGUGUCAGAAAGUGGUGUGGUCACCAUGUUGGAUGUUGCGGAUCUGAAAGAGAUCUUCACCGCCGACGAGUGGUUUUUUGAAAAACUGUCACACGUCCCGAAGCUUUUGUCAAGAAGUACAAAGCUUAUGCAAAGACAAGUUAGUCCAUUUGACGAUUUCUUUUCGCGGCUGGAAGAGCAUUACACCGCACAGAUUAGCAAAUUGAGUAAGAGGGGCCCUGAGGUUUUCAGCAAGAUCAAGCACAUUAUCCAAAAGCUUUUUGUUGUGACUAAAGAAGCUGAUUCCAAUGUUGAAAAAAUGGUAGAUUCGUCGCAUAACUUUGCGGAGCUUCUUGAAUUUUAUGUUGAUCUGCACCGUACUGUAAGAGCCAAAAAGCUGAGCGGUUUUCCGCUUUCCUUCACAGACUACUGGGGACAUGCUUUGAUUAAUGGAAUAGCUCCUCAAGCUGGUCAAACUUCGCUAUCGACGCUUGUCGAGGACAGCAAGCGAUUUCGGGAAUACAAGACACCAUUUCCCAUUAUCGUAGCCAAUUGCAAGAACAAUAACAUGCGACAUGCUGUGUUUGAAUUCACACCUUUCGAAUUUGGUUCGUGGACAAAUCUGAGACUGUUCAUGAGGUUGAAAUAUCUGGGAUCAACUAUGAAAGCCGGUGAAGCCAAAAAUUGCUAUACGGGGUUUGAUGAGAUCAGCUUCAUUACCGCUACAUCUUCUUCAAUCUUCAAUAAUGUAUUGAUGUGCAUAUGGCAGGUUAUAGCUCCUUCCAUACAAACGCGAAAGGCUAUCGGGGCCAUCCUCAGCGCUUUUAGCAUAGCAUUUGAAAAUUCAGGAAACAAGACUUCUGCUGAAGCAGCAAUUGCACCACGUCCCGAAUAUGCAAUAUAUCAUCCCAAUCCUUUUUAUCAAUACCCUGGUAGUGCAGACGAUCUCAAAAAGGAGAGCCGUCUUUACCUUGUUGAUGGUGGGGAAGACGGGCAAAAUAUCCCAAUUGGACCAUUGCUAAUUCCUGAGAGGAAGCUUGAUGUAAUCUUGGCAUUGGAUUCUAGCUCCGACAUAGACGGGUAUCCCAACGGGUCUAUGUUGCAUAACUUUUACCGUGACAAUUACAUCGCUACGCAUGAAAACAUGCUAGAAGGGAAGAGUUCGCCUUAUCAACUACUACCAUAUAUUCCAACAAGCGAAGAGUUUGUCGAGAAGCGUUUGUUGUCCCAUCCAAUUGCUUUUGGGUGCCAUCUUUCCAGCUAUCCCGAUAUCAAAAUUGACCUUAACUCCAAUCUGACGUCUAUGGUUCUUCCCCCCAUUAUACUGUACCAUGCUAAUGCCGAGCAUUCUUUCAAGGCGAACGUGUCGACCUUUAAGCUUCGAUUUACCCACACUGAGGUUGCUCAGAUGCUGAACAAUGGUCGAGACAUUUUCAGCUUCGAUUCUAGUCCCAAAUACAAAAGGUGUUUGGCAUGCCUAUUGGUCAAAAGAGCUCACGAUAGGCAUCAAUUGAAGUCAGAACCGACCACAUUACCAUUUUUCUGCGAAGUCUGUUUCAGUGACUACUGCUUCAAUUGA